GAUAUCAAAGAAAAUAAUAGAACAAAUAAAAAAAGAAAUGGAAAGUCAUAAUAUUGAAAUGUUCAGAGAUGCCUUAAAACCAAUAGACCUCCGACUUGCAGCAGUAGAAAAAAGUUUGUUUGACAGAUUACAUGAAAAUGGUCAAAAGAAAUAUCUUCCUGUAAAGUAUUUAGCAGAAGCAGACCGCAAGAGAAUAUUAAUUACAGGUGGUGCCGGGUUUGUUGGCUCUCAUCUUACAGAUGCAUUAAUGAUGUUAGGACAUGAGGUUACAGUAGUUGACAACUACUUCACUGGGAGAAAACAAAAUGUUGAACAUUGGGUAGGUCAUGAAAACUUUGAAUUAAUUAACCAUGACGUGGUAGAACCAUUGCUGAUUGAAGUCGAUCAGAUCUACCACUUGGCAUCACCUGCUUCUCCACCUAAUUAUAUGUACAACCCUAUUAAGACUAUCAAGACAAAUGCAAUAGGUACAUUGAAUAUGCUUGGCUUGGCUAAAAGAGUACAUGCAAGGCUACUCUUAGCUUCAACCAGUGAGAUUUAUGGAGAUCCAGAACAACAUCCGCAAAAUGAGGAUUACUGGGGUCAUGUGAAUCCUAUCGGUCCAAGAGCGUGCUAUGACGAAGGCAAGAGAGUUGCAGAAACUAUGUGUUAUGCCUAUGCAAAACAGGAGGGUGUGGAGGUUCGAGUGGCUCGAAUAUUCAACACCUUUGGUCCUAGGAUGCACAUGAGUGAUGGUCGUGUAGUUAGUAACUUUAUUAUGCAGGCUCUACAAGAGAAACCGCUGACCGUUUAUGGCUCAGGAAAACAGACCAGAUCUUUUCAAUAUGUCAGUGAUUUGGUUAACGGUUUAAUAUUGCUUAUGAACUCCAACUAUUCCAAGCCAAUCAAUAUCGGGAACCCUGAUGAACACUCAAUUAUGGAAUUUGCUCAAAUUAUUAAACACGCCAUUGGAGGCAGCGCACCAAUCAUCAACGAGCAUGAGAAGGAAGAUGACCCCCAACGAAGAAAGCCUGAUAUUUCACGAGCUCGAAAAUAUUUGGGCUGGAAACCAGAGGUUCCUCUGCCAAUUGGAAUCAAUAGGACGAUCGAAUACUUUAAAAGAGAGCUUAGAAAAUCCAAAAAAUCCAAAUUAACUGAUUUAUAGAAAAUUCAGUGAUAUGAUAAAUAGAGGAUAUUACAUGGGCGUGCGGAGAUACGAAAUUUAUCUUCGAGUGUUGAAAAGAUCUCUCACGAGUGAGCGCAGGGAAUGAGCCGGUGAGAGAUUUUCAACACGAGAAGAUAAAUUGC